GACUAAAACUAUGUUUGCUAAUCUAUCUUCACUAAUUAUAACAUAUGUAGAAUUAAAGGAUAUAUCUAGUUUAAAAGAACCAUCCUAUAUAAAUCAAUUGAAAAACAUAGAGAACAAAGUAUUUAGUCCUAUGAAUAUAUACAUGAUAACGUCAUUACUUUUAAAUGGCGCUAAAGAAGGAUCGACAGAGAAGGAAUUGAUGUCUCUUUUGAAUAUUCCUGAUAAAAUAUCUUUAAAUGGAUACAUAGCUAAACUUAUUUACUUAAAUGGAAUCAAAAACAUCGAAUUGCAUCUAGGAACCGCAGUAUAUGUUCAAAUGUCAGUUGAGCUAACGGCGGAUUUUUCAUCAAUAUGCAUAAAUAGAUUUAAUUGUUCGAUUUCAAAAGUAGAUUUCAAAAAUAAUGCAUAUGUUGCAGAAAAUAUAAAUGCAUGGAUCCAAAAAACAACAAAUUAUAAGAUGUUAGAUCGAAUAAUUUCUCCAGUUAAUAUCGACAAAGAUACAAAAAUUAUGUUGGUAAAUAUUGUUUACGUAAAUAGUAGAUGGCUAAAUUUAACUUAUAAAAAAGGAACAGAAGAAUACAAAUUUUUUGUUUCUCCAUCAAAAAUGUAUUCUGUUCCAACAAUGAAAUUUGAAAAAUUGACACUUAUUCAUGGUGAAAUACCACAUUGGAAUGCCAAGUUCAUUGAAAUUCCAUUUUCGGACAACAAUAUUACAAUGAUUAUAUUUUUGCCAAAUGAAAAGAUGGAACCUUGGAAUCUGAAGUAUCUGGAAAAAAAGAUUAACUUUACAGAAUUUAAAUCAAUUAGAACUGCACACACAAACAAACUUCAGAAAGCUACGUAUUUAUAUUUACCUAAGUUUACGAGUGAAUAUACUCAAAAUAUAACAGAUUUUUUUCGUCAGAAGGGCGUAAAUACGAUGUUUGAGGAUAAUGCAGAUUUUACACAUCUCUCAAAAAUUCCUCUAAAAGUGAACAAUAUUGUUCAAACAGUUUCCGUAAAUAUUAAGGAAGGAAAUUCAGAAGUUCCAAAAAUUGUCAGAAGCAGAGUAAGAAAACCACCGCGAGUACGUCCACCGCAAAAGUUGAUCAUUGAUCGUCCGUUUUGUUACUUAAUCGAAGUGUACGGAGAGUUAAUGUUUGUUGGAACCGUGCGAGCACCAGACUUUAUAUCUAUUUAUGAAAGAUGAAUUAUAAAUUCUAUUACAUUCUUAUAUUUAUUA